AUGCCCAAAAUACGAGGCUGCCCGUGGGCGCUGCUGUAUCGCUCUCCAGCUGACACUUCACACGAGGAGCCCGGCACGCUACAAAACCCUAAAGUAGGGCAUUCAUUUCUGCUCCUCUGUGGCCUGGAGAGUGCUAUCAGCUGCCCUGCCAAGUGUGUGUGCUACAGUGAGCCCAGGCCCACUGUGGCCUGCCAACAACAAGGACUGUUUUCCAUCCCUACUGAGAUCCCCGUGCGGAGCCAGCGGAUAUUCCUCCAGAGCAACAAGCUGACGGUGGUGAGGUCCACCAGCUUCAGCUCUUGCCACAAUCUUACCGUUCUCUGGCUCUACUCCAACAACAUCAGCUACAUCGAGGCAGGGGCCUUUUACGGCUUGGAGAGGCUGGAGGAACUGGACAUUGGGGACAACAGCAACCUCCGCACCAUCAGCCCUACAGCCUUCCGUGGCUUAACUAAGCUGCACACCCUCCACCUGCACAGGUGUGGUCUGUCAGAGCUCCCUGUUGGGGUUUUCCGAGGAAUGUUCUCCCUACAGUACCUUUACCUGCAGGACAAUUACAUUCUAACCCUGCAUGAUGACACCUUUCUAGAUCUUGCCAAUCUCACGUAUCUCUAUCUGCACAAUAACAAGAUCAAGAUAGUAACAGACAACAUGUUGCGAGGCUUAAUCAAUCUGGAUCGGCUGCUGCUACACCAGAACCGGGUAAUCUUUGUCCAACCUAGGGCUUUUACUGAUCUUGGUAAGCUGAAAUCCCUGUUCUUGUUCUUCAACAAUCUCACUGUCUUGACAGGAGAGACUAUGGACGCGCUGGUGUCUCUCCAAUAUUUGCGUUUAAACGGGAACCAGUGGAUCUGUGAUUGCCGGGCGAGGACCUUGUGGGACUGGUUCAAACGUUUCAAAGGUUCAAGCUCUGAGUUGGAGUGCAAUGUUCCUGAGUUCCUGGCAGGGAAGGACCUGAAACGACUGAAGAGUGAAGAUUUGGAGGGCUGUGUGGAGACGCCUCAAAUCCAGACCAAUCUCUUCAGCUCCAAGGGGCAGAGUGGGAAAUUCUCCUCAACUGAAAAUCCUCUCGGAGACACCGUUCCCAGGUGUUGCCUUGGAGAUAACGACAAGUCCUCUAUCCUGUCUGGCAAGAGCCGCCAAAUCACCAACAACCCCCUCAAGGAAAAGGAGAACAUGUCUAAGACUAAAUAUAAGGAGCCGGAACGAACGAAAAAUGAGACCCAGAAUAAGCAGAAUGACGGACCACUGGGAACCUUGUCCAACACCCUGGACAAGUCUUUGGAAAAUCUAAACCCUGAUCUUAUAGACAAUCUGGAGUCAUCUACAGCGUCAAACAAAAAGAAAAAGAAGUGUUCCAAAAAGCCCAAAUCAGACGCCCACUGCAUCAAAAGCCGGGGUUCUACACUGCAAAUGCUGCGCCCUCUCUUCAUUCCCAUGAUCUGGAUAUCUCUAGCCAUGUCUUAG